UUCGAUGUGCCUGAUGAAGCAGGAGUCUUCUCUGCUUGCAGAAUUGAAGUUAACGACCGAGGAGGAGCCAGAUACGAUUUUGGCGACAGUGGGCGUAGACGACGUUGCGGGUCCUCUGUCGGAGUCUUCUGGUGGCCAUUGCAUUGGUGGCAUUCUUUUUAGCUACGAGCCCAGUUACGAAUUUGGCAAAACCUAGGGCUUGAUUCUAUUGCAAACUCAAGGUUUUUUCUGGGUCACCAAUUAGCUGCGGGGUUGCCAUAGAAACAGCAAUGCCUAGGUACUACUGUGACUACUGUGACACUUAUUUGACCCACGACUCCCCAUCAGUGAGAAAGCAGCAUAAUGCAGGUUACAAACAUAAGGCAAAUGUGAGAGCCUAUUACCAGCAAUUUGAGGAGCAACAAACCCAGAGUCUAAUUGACCAAAGGAUCAAAGAACAUCUUGGGCAAGCUGCAGCAUUUCAACAGGUUGGUGCAGCUUUUAAUCAACAUCUGUUGACUCAGAGGCCUCGCUUUCCAAUCUUGCCAACACCAGGAGUGCCGCCAAUUGCUGGAAAUGCUCAAAUUCCAGGAAGUCAACCACUGAUGCCAGGGAUUAGACCUCCCGUGUUGCCUAGACCAGUUCCUGGUGCUCCAGGAUAUGCUUCUUUACCUACCAUGCCUCCAAUGGUACCUCCACCAGGUGCACCCAUGGCACCAGGUCAAGCAGCUAUACCCAGGCCUCCUACGCUAGCUCCCCCAGCUGCUGCUCCUGGCAGCGCUACUACGCCAACUUCUAAUGGUGCCCCCUCUGUGGUGUCAUCAGCUAUGUAUCAAGCCAAUCCAGCAUCAUCAUCUGGGGGCUAUGAAGGUUUCAGUGCCAACGCUCAGUCAACUGAGGGCAAUCACUGACGCGGUAUUUUAUCAAUGGAUUGCACUGUGGCAAAUACCAGAGGAAUCAUAUACUGAUAAUUUCGGCACCUAGAAUGUAGGGUUUAGUUAUUGUAUUUUUGGACCAAAGAAGGAAUUUGUAUCUAAGUGCUAAUGGUUCAGAAUUAUGAUGACGAAGUUUUGUUGACAAAUCCUAGUUUGACUGGAAGGGCAAGAAAGAAUUGAUGUCUAAUGCUGUUGUUUUAAUUGUCAUCUAAUUUUUUUAUUUGAAAAGAACAGCAUUUUCAUGAUUGUGAAAA